UCCAUAAAAAUAAAGGUAGCUACUGUUGAUCAGUAUCAUUAAUGACCAGCACGCGGCGCUAACGAAACUCGCAAUGCUAGAUUUAGAUUUGUUUUGUUGACGGAAUCUGGCGUUCAUCGAAGAAGAAAUGAGCAACGAUGGUGAGAGUUAAAUCGAGGUAUUUACUCUGUGAGAUUAACGUGUCUGACAGGAGCAGUCUCUUGUUCCUGGAUGACAGAGCUAUCGCCGCGGCGGUGAAAGAAGCGGUGGCCCGCAUACACGGCGACUACGGGGCGGCGAUGUGCAGCAUUAGAUUCUGCGUGAAAUACCUGAAUACCCAAACAGGAAUGGUAUUCCUGCGUUUCCCUAAAAGAAGCUACAAACUGCUGUGGUCAGCAUUGCCUUUCAUCACCAGUAUUAAAACCCGCUACCAGAAAAUACCAUGUUUUCUAAACUGUCUGCACGUAGGAGGAACAAUCAGAACUUGUCAGAAGUUUCUGAUACGAUACAACACACGGCAGCUCCAUCGAAUGCUCCCAAGUUGUAAAAAUGAAGAAGAAAAGAAACAGAUUCGCAAAGCUAUCCUAAGUUGCUCCAUAAUACAAGGAGCAUUUGAAGAUGAACCAGAGAAUGAUGAUGAUGAUGAAGAGGAAGCGUAAUCUGACAAACGCGGUUCACGGUGAUCAGUUUUACGAUGAGACUUUUGUUCUUCAUUUUCAUCGUCUUGUGUGCUAUUUUUUGUCAAAUAAAAUGAAAAAUUUUGAUGUAUUUGUUGGAUGUUCCAAGUUUUUUAAAUUAUUCGAUAGUUUGUUUUUAUAAAGCUAAACUACAAAUACGGUGACCCUGGUCAACACACAGCAACAAAUAAAGACAAGGAAAUAAUGUG